AUGUCCCAGCCCAAGACACCGCCAGCCACUCCCAAGAUGCAACUAGCUACAGAGACUGGCUCCAGGAGAAGUGUAUUUUGGGUCAGCAAUGUUCACUGCUCUUCAUGCGUCGCCUAUGUCACCGAGAUUUUGUCCGAAAUUCCAACUGUCAGAGAAAUUGACGUUUCGAUCAUUACGCAUGAGGUGCGCGUCAACCAUGGCAUUGAUGCACAGCCGGCAGAUCUUGCCGCAGCUUUGAUACAAGCUGCGUUCGAGGUUCAUCAUGUUACGACAUAUGAUGAAGGGGCAACGAUUAUUUCCGAACUCGACACCACUUCAUGGAAUCAUCGUGGAUCCACCAUCUUCUCCACGCCUCGAAAUUCAUAUUCAAGCAUUUCAUCUAAUAUUAAAGACCGAUUGCACACCAGCAGAGACACCCGACAUCUUGCCAAUUGCGAUGCUUGUCAGGAGGAAGAAGCUAAAAGGCUUUCACGGUUGUCUAGCCAGAGCGAGGCGGAGCCACUCUACGACAAAUCUGCCCAGAACUCUGUCAGGCCUGCCCAUACGCCUUGUUCUGUGUCCAUUUCUGAGACUCAAGUGGAGCAGGACGCCUUACUGACGCCAAAUAUUCCACCUAGUAUACCCGAAACGACUGAGUUGUCAUCUUCAUCAAGUAAUGAAUUCUCAGCACGGGUCAGCAUUGGGGGUAUGAGCUGUGCCUCAUGUGUAAACACCGUUACUGCUGCUCUACAAGAAUUGGACUUUGUCAAGGAGGUUACUGUCAACCUUCUCACAAACAGCGCAUCGCUAGUUUAUCUUGGUCCGCGGGAGAAUGUUGACCUUGUUUGCGAGAAGAUUGAAGACAUCGGAUUUGAGGCUUUCUUGAAUGAGGUCAACUUGAUUCCUGAGGCGCUGGGACUCGAACAGCGCUCGACUGGCUAUGUUACCGAGAUUGCAAUUACCGGCAUGACCUGCGGUUCUUGUGUCGGAUUCGUGACUCGAGGGAUCGAAGAGUUACCUUUCAUCACAAGUGUCUCCGUCAAUUUGCUCUCGCACAGCGGCAAGAUUGAGUUCGAGGGACGCGAAAACCUCGACCAGAUUGUCGAGAAGAUUGAAGACCUGGGAUAUGAUGCUGCGGUCACUUCUGUUCAUUCGCUGGCUAAAGGCAAGCAGCAGUCUGGCGUUGCGAACGCGAGAACAAUCUCCAUUCGCGUUGAUGGAAUGUUUUGCCGCCACUGCCCUGAGAAAGUUCUAGCUUCUUUGGAAGCCCUCCCAAAUGUCACUGUGGAGGAAACUCUUUGCCAGAAAAGCCCCAUAGUCAAGGUGACCUAUACACCCAACCCGCCUUUGCUGACUGUUCGCUCCAUCCUUGCAACAGUCAAUGGGGCCAACGGCGCUUUCACCGCAAGCAUCUACCAUCCACCGAGCGUUGAAGAUCGAUCUCGUGCGAUACAAUUGCAUGAACGUCGACGACUUCUAAUUCGGUUGCUAUUCGUCUUUGCUGUGGCCAUCCCAACCUUCAUCGUUGGCAUUGUUUUCAUGUCUCUCGUGUCAUCCGAUAACCCAAUUCGCAUGUAUCUUGAUCAGACAAUCUGGUCUGGCAGUGUGACUCGCAUGGAGUGGGCUCUUUUCAUAAUGGCGACCCCCGUCAUGGUCUACGGCACGGAUGUGUUCCAUACUCGAGCCAUGAAGGAAAUUCAUGCACUCUGGCGGCCCGGAAGCCGGGUACCCAUUUUGCGACGCUUUUACCGAUUCGGCAGCAUGAAUCUCCUGAUUUCUGCAGGAACUGCAGUAGCUUACUUCUCCUCUCUGGCGGUUCUCAUCGUUGACGCUGUUGUGGGUACGAAAUCCAGUGCUCAUAGCACGACCUACUUCGAUUCAGUUGUCUUCUUGACCCUCUUUAUCCUCGCUGGGCGAUUUCUGGAGGCUUACAGCAAAGCCAAGACGGGCGAUGCGGUUACAUCACUGGGCAAGCUUCGACCCUCAGAGGCACUGCUCAUUGAGGAUCAGUCCACAACGCAGACCAGCGAGAAUUCAAGAUCCGACUCAAUGCAACGCAUCAACGUUGACCUACUGGAGGUCGGUGACAUUGUACGUAUACCUCAUGGUGCCUCGCCUCCAGCGGAUGGCGUUGUGGUCGGAGAAGGGUCUUACCAAUUCGAUGAGAGUUCUUUGACUGGAGAGUCCCGCCCGGUCAAGAAAGCUAUUGACGAUCAAGUCUUUACUGGCUCCGUCAAUGUCGGCCAGCCAGUGCACAUCCGAAUCACUGAGCUCGGAGGAACCUCCAUGCUUGAUCGGAUCAUUGCUGUCGUUCGUGAGGGUCAAAGCAAGCGUGCACCUCUCGAAAGGAUCGCUGAACUACUCACCUCACACUUUGUGCCAGUCAUUACCUUGAUUGCCAUUCUUACCUUCAUCAUUUGGCUUUCUCUCGGACACUCGGGUGUUCUACCUGGGGACUACUUGGAUGUUGCUCAGGGUGGUUGGACGUUUUGGAGCUUGGAAUUUGCGAUCGCAGUGUUCGUGGUGGCUUGCCCCUGUGGAUUGGCAUUGGCUGCCCCCACGGCCCUUUUUGUGGGAGGUGGACUCGCAGCGAAGCAUGGUAUCCUGGUCAAGGGUGGUGGUGAAGCCUUCCAAGAAGCCAGCCGUCUUGACGCCAUUGUCUUUGACAAGACAGGCACAUUGACUGAGGGAGGAAGCCUCAAGGUUUCUGACCACGAAACCCUCACAAAGAAUGAAGAACUUUUGCAGGUUGCCUGGGCUCUUGCUCAAAAGCUUGAAGAAAGCAGUAAUCAUCCUAUAGCUCAGGCCAUCUCUGCCUUCUGCGCAUCGCAGCCGGGAGCUACAGUCGCUUCCUCUGAUAUUCAAGAGAUCUCGGGACUGGGCAUGAAAGGCACCUUCACUGUUCUUAACAACAAAACCGAGCAGAAGGAACAAUAUGAGGCUGCGAUUGGCAACGAGCGCCUUCUUCACGACAUCAUACCUUCUGAAACCGACACCUAUUUCGUCUCGAACUUGCUAUCGAAAUUCCAGUCAGCGGGCAAAUCUACAGCUAUUUUUUCACUGCGACGUCUCGAAGUCUCAUCCGAGCCUUCGCCAUUCAUUCCUGCUAUUGUCUUCGCCACUUCGGAUACACUUCGACCUGAAGCUAUCGAGAUCAUUUCCAAUCUCAACAAGCGUCAAGUCGAGGUAUUUAUGUGCACCGGUGACAACCAAACAACUGCCCAUGCCGUGGCCGACAUGCUAGGCAUUCCACGUUCUAACGUAAUGGCCAACGUCUUGCCCGCAGAGAAAGCCACUUUCGUGCGCCAGAUCCAAGACGGCUCAGUGAAGGCAUCAUCCACAGGAAUGGUUUCGCAAAUUCGGAGCAAGACUCGGCCAAUCGUCGCCUUCGUUGGCGACGGCGUCAACGAUUCACCCGCUUUGGCCGCCGCAGAUGUGAGCAUCGCAAUGGCAUCUGGCUCCGACGUGGCCAUCAACUCCGCCAGCUUUAUUCUUCUCAACUCAGAUCUAAGCACGAUUCUCCAACUUGUUCUUCUCAGUCGUCGUGUAUUUAACCGUGUGCGAAUGAACUUCGUCUGGGCAGUCAUCUACAAUGUUUGUCUUGUUCCAGUCGCUGCUGGUGUUUUCUAUCCCAUUGUUAGUGGUCACCAUGAGAAGACUGUCGGCCAUGGAACUAUUAUUUACAAUGAGCAUUGGAGGCUCAGUCCCGUUUGGGCCGCUCUGGCCAUGGCGUUGAGUAGUAUCUCCGUCGUGUCCAGCAGUCUCGCGCUGAGGGUGGAUAUGGAGACUAUCAAGAGGGUCUUCAAGAAGAAAUGA